AUGGAUGAAAUUAAUGAACACAUCAGCAUGGACUUUAAUGACAGCAGAAAGAGUGAGUGGGUGAGGUUAAACGUUGGGGGUACUAUAUUUCUGACUACACGAACAACUCUGGGACGAGACCAGAAAUCAUUUCUGUUCAGGCUGGUGCAAGAGGCUCCAGAUCUCAACACUGACAAGGAUGCAGACGGGGCAUUCCUUGUGGACAGAGACCCUUCAUACUUUGGCCCAGUGUUGAACUUUCUUCGACACGGAAAACUUGUUAUGAAUAAAGAUCUGGCAGAAGAAGGUGUGCUAGAGGAGGCAGAGUUCUACAACAUCACAGAUCUGAUCAGGGUUGUCAAAGAAAGAAUAGUCGAGCGAGAUGCAAAACAGAACCAGUCUUCAAUGAAGAAUGUAUACAGAGUAAUGCAGUGUUCUGGUCAAGAGCUGACACAGAUGGUUUCAACAAUACCUGAUGGGUGGAAAUUUGAGCAGUUACUGAACAUUGGCUCCAAUUACAACUGUGGGUCAGAGGAACAUGCAGAGUUUCUGUUUGUGGUCUCCAAGGAGUGUCCAACUGUAGUCAAUGGGUCAGAUGAGCCGUCUGAUAGAGCCAAGGUUUUACAGCUCAAGGGAACACGAUUCUGA